UGGCACACAACUACAAGAGCAGUAGAACGGGUUGGUGGUUCUCGGCUGUCGUCGCGCGCGCGGAGUAUCUCGAGUCGCGCUCGUUCCACGAACAACACCUGCCGACGCCGAUCGCCGGACGCUCGUGCCACGCUUUCGUUCGUCUGUGACUCCUUCUUCUUCUUUUUUUUUUUCCCCCUUCUCUCGAAAGUGACACCGUCAUCGUCGUUUCGUCGUCGUCGCGGACGAUUCAGAAUAACGAAAGUGAUCACCCCGAGGAUCAUGGAGAGUAAGAGCGAGCUCACCGAUGCGAUGCGCGUCAACGCGAAAGAAUGAGGCUCGUUGGUUCCAGGGUAACUGCGAGGAAUCACAUCGUAGUCCUAUCGAUUGAAGGACACACACCUCGAGCAAGAUGCUGCUGCCUCAGGACAUGAUGGCAGCCCAGUCGAAAAUGCUGUACCAGAUGAACAAGUACUACGGCGAGCGCGUGCAGGCUCGCAUGGGCCAGGUACAGAAAACCAUACGGGAAGUGUGCAAGGUGGUACAGGAGGUUCUGAAGGAGGUGGAGGUUCAAGAGCCGCGGUUCAUCUCGUCCCUGACCGAGUGCAACGGCCGCUACGAGGGGCUCGAGGUGAUCUCGCCCGGCGAGUUCGAGGUGGUCCUCUACCUGAACCAGAUGGGAGUGUUCAACUUCGUGGACGACGGCAGCCUGCCGGGUUGCGCGGUGUUGAAGCUCAGCGACGGACGAAAGAGAUCCAUGUCGCUCUGGGUCGAAUUCAUCACCGCCUCUGGCUACCUGUCCGCGAGGAAGAUCCGCUCGCGGUUUCAGACGCUGGUGGCGCAGGCAUGCGACAAGUGCGCCUACAGGGACUCGGUGAAGAUGAUCGCGGACACGACGGAGGUGAAGCUUCGCAUCCGGGAGAGAUACGUGGUGCAGAUCACGCCGGCGUUCAAGUGUUCCGGCGUGUGGCCGAGAUCGGCAGCCCACUGGCCGAUCCCUCAUAUACCGUGGCCGCAUCCGAAUCUCGUGGCCGAGGUGAAGACCGAAGGUUUCGAUCUACUGUCGAAGGAGAGCGUGGCGCUUCAGGGGAAACAGUCGGCGAUGGAGGGCGACGCGUGGGUUCUCUCGUUCACGGAGGCGGAGACGAGGCUGCUGCAAGGCGGCUGUCGCAGACGAUGUCUGAGCAUUCUGAAGACUCUGAGGGACAGGCAUCUGGAUCUGCCGGGCAAUCCAGUCACCAGCUAUCACAUGAAGACGUUGCUGCUCUACGAGUGCGAGAAGCAUCCUCUGGAGACCGAGUGGGACGAAGGGUGCAUAGCGGACCGCAUAAACGGCAUCUUCCUGCAGCUGAUAUCCUGCCUUCAGUGUCGAAGAUGCCCGCACUACUUCCUGCCGAAUCUGGACCUGUUCAAAGGGAAGUCGCCCAGCGGCUUGGAGAACGCGGCCAAGCAAGUGUGGAGACUCACCAGAGAGUUGCUCACCAACAGCCGCGCUCUCGAGAAACUCUAGUAGAACACGCGUCGUUUCUUUUGUGGUUCCCAAAUCGGGGAGGAUUUGAACAACAAAGAGAAAGACAGAGACAGAGAAUCGUUUGGGGAUUUUUCCGGUGACUCGCGUGAAUCGCGACUUUCUUGGAUGCUGCUUUCGCGACUUGGAUGGUUCCUUCUCCGCCUUUGUGCUUUUUUAAUUAUCGCAAACGCGAGAGAUUUACUUUCACUCGCUGUCUUCUUGCACACGCUUCAGCGUAUAUUCAGGGUACCAGGGACGGUGUAAUGAGUUUCAUUACCGUUGUCCCAUCUUUCUUUCUUCUUCUUCUGAACCCUCUUCCCUUUUUUUAUUCGACGCGAGUCAAACGUCGGUUUUUUGUCAGUGCAAUAUCGUACGCCCAGUGUUUCGUUUCGGCGCGGAAGCAAUUGUUGCUAGGUUCUACGUGUUGAUUUUGGAUAAAACUCAUUCGACGAGGCAACUCGUUCAGUUCCACCGAUCGAAAUGUUCACCGAGCCGUCGGAGAUGUACGCCAGCUCGAAUAAUAUAUAUAUAUAUAUUACCGCGUUUUUUAUACGACCGAAGCUUUCGCUUGGAGCGAGAUCUCCUGCUUUAUUGAACGCAAAACGAACGACUUCUCCACUCAAGCGUUGCGAAAUGCGAGCGAUGAAAUACCUGAGUACCCGAUUAGCUGCUCCUAAUCCGUCUAAUGGCUAACGUAUGAAUCGUAUGAUCCGUUAUCGUUAAAUUAAUCUAAUGUUUAUGAUCGGUUAGCGAUCGAGCUGCCGGCGGUAGCUCGGCCCCACCAUGUUGUUGUAUGUACAUAAUUUUUUAUAUUAUUUAAACAAUAUUUAUUUCCACUUCGACAGUGAAUCGCUAUUCGAACACAGACACACACACACACACACACACACACACACACACACACACACACACACACACACACACACACACACACACGAUGUAAAUAAUGAUGAAUAAACGCAUUUCGUCUCAUAA